GUCAUUUCCGGGCUUGUUAGUUGCCUUACGUUCUAAUUUCUGGCAAGACUUGAAGCUAAUUUUUCUAUCGCGCUGUUAUGGCUACUGCGAUGGAGACAGAUGAGCAGCAGCGGAUUCGGUUCCAGUUAGAAUUAGAAUUUGUUCAGUGUUUGGCAAACCCAAAUUACCUUAACUUUUUGGCCCAAAGAGGAUACUUUAAGGAUAAGUCUUUUGUGAAUUAUCUGAAAUAUCUGCUGUACUGGAAAGAUCCAGAUUAUGCUAAAUAUUUAAAGUACCCACAGUGCUUACAUAUGUUGGAACUGCUGCAAUAUGAACACUUCCGGAAAGAGCUGGUAAAUGCCCAGUGUGCCAAGUUCAUAGAUGAACAGCAAAUCUUACAUUGGCAACACUAUUCACGCAAGAGGAUGAGAAUGCAGCAAGCCCUGGCAGAACAGCAGCAGCAGAACAACACUUCUGGAAAAUGAUUUGCCUGUUUGUCUCUGCUAUGAAUUGGGAGAACUAUGAGCACUAUUGGAGCUAUGAAUUCUUGGCACUGUUUAAACAGUCAUGUGGGAGUGUGAGGCCUCCCUGAUUGGACCAUGACAUUGCAGAUGCAUCUAUAAUAUGAGGUUGGGGAUCAUGGUUUCUAUUUCUUUGGACCAUUAAUAGAAGCACAAUCCGUCGCAACUACAUUUUCAGACAAUUUGUCUGAAUAAUUAUAAUUUCUAGCCUCAACAUGCUCUGUUGGAUCCACUUGCCCUCAGACCAGUAACUAAGCUGUAAGAAAAUACACUGUACUAGAAAAAUAGGAAUUAUAUGGGCACAUUAUUAUAGAGCACAGAAAGCAGCACAUUCAAAGCUUAGGUAGUUGGGGAAAAGGCCAUGGAUUAUUCUCCAACAAUAUGUUGCAAAAUGUAUUUUACAGAAUGAUGCUGGCCAUAUUAGAGCUUUGUUUUUGUAUACAUUUCCUACAGGUUCAAAAAAAUUGCAAUGGAACAAAGAUAUUCAGAAUGUGAUCUUGCAGCAUUUAUUAAUGCUCCUGUACAUGAGUUAGCUCUGCUGUUUCAGCCCUACAAACCAUUAUUUGAGCUGGACUUACUGUACCCAAAGUAAGAUGUCUUCUACCAAUGGUGGCAGCAGCUAAGAUGUCGAUUUUGGGGCAAUUACUCUGAUAAGGUCUUUGCCCUGCCCUACAGCUGUAGCCGUUCUUGGCAUAGAAAUCUCACACUUGUAAAUACUUUAUUUCCAGUUAUGGUUGAGCACAGUUCUAAAAAAAAAAAAUGCUUAAGAAUGUGUGAUUCUAAAUAGAUUUGAAAAGUAAGAAAUAAAGGUUUAUAGAAAAAUUUCA